AGUUUCCCUUGUGUUUCACUUGACGUGCUUGCACAGGUAGUAGUAUAUCUGCAGAUUUCAUGAAUAAUUCACGUGCGCGUUUUCAGAUCGCUUGUCAGAGAGCGCGCUGGAGGACCAACAACACUUACAGGUUCACAGGGCUUGGGUUUUCUUGGUAAGAAUAACGAGAUGAAGGGUCAAGUUCUGGGGGCGCUAGCCCUUCUUGUCAUUGCGGCAAUCGCUGAGGCCAAAUCCAUCAAGCCUAUUAAGAAAAAGGGCGGUUUUAUUAAAGCACUUCUCCCAAAGUGUCUAGAUGACGAUCCGGUGUAUUGUAAGAAGUAUAGCAAGAAAUACUGCACGCUCAGUCCCACCAAGAUGUCCAAGAAGUGCAAGGCUUCCUGCAAGAUGUGCGCUUUAGGCUCUUUCGAGAUGGAUGACGACAGUAGAUGCUCCACUUACGAGAAGCACGGCUUCUGUGAGAACCAAAACCACGUGCUUUGGAUGAUCCCUCACUGUGCCUUCACGUGCCGCAGCGCCAUCAAGGCCAUGAAGGCGCAUGGUAAGAGACUGUCCGAUCUGGGCAGGCCGCGUCCUCGUCCACCUAUGGUUACCGCCCAGCAGCCAGGUUUGGGUGGUCAGCAGCCAGGUAUGGGAGGUCAGCAGCAAGGUAUGGGAGGUCAGCAGCAAGGUAUGGGAGGUCAGCAGCAAGGUAUGGGAGGUCAGCAAGGGUACGGUAUGGGAGGACAGCAAGGUUACGGUAUGGGAGGACAGCAAGGUUACGGUAUGGGAGGACAGCAAGGGUACGGUAUGGGAGGACAGCAAGGGUACGGUAUGCAACAGCAAGGAAUGGGAGGAAUGCAAGGAAUGCAACAACCAGGUAUGCAACAACCAAUGCCUCCCAUGAUGGGUGGACAAGGAUGCGCCCAACCCCCCUGCGGCGGCCAGAUGAUGCCCCCUCCCAUGCCUCAGCAGCAGCCUUGCCAGCCAAGUCAACCAGGAUGCUUCGAACAAGCGAUCAUCAUCCCUCCAGCCAUGCCACAACAACAGUCUUGUCAACAGCCACCUUGCCCUCCACCAAUGCCUCCAAUGCCACCACCACAACAGCAACCUUGCAUGCAACAGCCUUGCCCUCCACCAAUGCCUCCACCUCAACAGCAACCUUGCAUGCAACAGCCUUGCCCUCCACCAAUGCCUCCAAUGCCACCACCACAACAGCAACCUUGCAUGCAACAGCCUUGCCCUCCACCGAUGCCACAACAGCAACCUUGCAUGCAACAGCCUUGCCCUCCUGGUACGGAUAUGAUGGGUGGAAUGCCACCAAUGGAGAUGGGUGGAAUGCCACCAAUGGAGAUGGGUGGAAUGGCACCAAUGGGAAUGGGCGGAAUGCCACCCAUGGGACAAAGUCCUUUCGGACAACAGCAGCAACAAUUUGGACAACAGGGACAACAGCCAUUCGGACAGCCACCCACUGGACCCCAGUUUGGCCCCAUUCCUGAAAAUGCCAACCCCAAGCCAGCCAAAGGGGGCAAGGAGGCGAAGGGCGGAAAAGAGACAAAUAAUAAGCAAGAAGGUUCACAUGCUCCUCACGGACCCUCCAUGACCGCUCAACAGCCCGGACAACAGCCCGGACAACAACAGCAGCAGGCUGGACAGCAGAUGCCUUUCGGACAACAACCACAAUUGGGACAGCAGCCAUUCCAACAGGCCCCACCUCAGACUAAUUAUGUGAUUCAGCACGCAGAGCCCGGUACUGAAGGCCCUGCCCCAUUCAUGAGAAAGCAAGAGAUCGCAAACAGGAGGAACAGGCUUAUGAUGGCUUCACGUGGAUAAGAUCGACGGUUUUAGAUUGGAAUAAUACAAAGGAAUGUUUGUGAAUACCAGGAUCCGAGAUCAGACACAAUGAAUCAUCGACCCUGUGACGCAAACUUUGCUACACACAGCAUCGCAUAUAAAUACGAAUAGUCAUCGCAUAGUUUAUGUGAAGUAAAUAUUUUUAUAUGAUAUCUCAAUUCUUUGAGAGUUGGAUAGCAUUGUCGUUGAUGGACGCUUAUAUCUAAGUAUUUCAAAAAUUUCGUGAACGCCUAUGUAAAUAUUAAGGAUCCUUGUAAAUUUCAGUGCAACAAUAAACUUAGCGAUAGAACUGUGA